AUGGCCACGGAAAGUGAAGUCCAGGACGCCGCCGGCAACGUCCAGCGCCACGGCUUCUCGACGCUCGACGUCUGCAAGCACGCGGCGCGCUGCGUCGCCUGCUCCCUCGACGACACGUGCCGCCUCGGGCUCGUCGUCUACGACGCGCAGGCGCGCGUCGUCGUCGGCCUCGCGCGCGUGACGCCGGCGCACGUCGCGAAGGUCCACGCGGCGCUCGAGAAGCUCGCGCCCGGGACGUCGACGAACCUCUGGGGCGGCCUCGAGCUCGGUGUGGACGAGCUCGUCGGCGGCGCGGGCGACAACGCGCGCGCCGUGUUGUUGCUGACCGACGGCGUGCCCAACAACUCGCCGCCCGAGGGCGAGGUCGCCGCGCUGCGGGCGAAGCGGCUGACGAAGGACGGGUCGGAAACCGUCGCGGUCUUCGCCGCGGGCUUCGGCUACGCGCUGAAGAGCGACCUGCUCCUGUCGCUCGCGCGCGAGGGCGGCGGCCUCUUCUCCUUCGUGCCCGACGCGGGCAUGGUCGGCACGUCGUUCAACCACCUCGUCGCGUCCCUGCGGUCGUCCGCGGCGACGGCCGCGGCCGUCGUCGCCGACGGCGCAGUCGUCGCGGACCUCGGCCCGCUCCGCCGCGGCGAGACGCGGCGCGCGGUCCUGCCCGCCGGCGCGCGCGUCGUCGAGGUCGUCGGCACGCGGGGCGGGCGGCGGUCCACGCUCGCCGCGCUGCGCGACGUCGCCGCCGCCGCGGCGUCGCCCGCCGCCGGCCGCGCGGCGCGCGUCGAGCGCUUCCGCGCGUCGAUGGCCGAGGUCCUCGGCGCGCCCGACCGCGGGACCUGCGCCGCCGCCGCCGCCGCGACCGCCGCCGCGGCGCGCGCGCGCCUCGCCGCCGCGCACGGCCUCGGCGAGGCCCUCGCGGCGGCCGACGGCGCGGGCGCCGCGGCGGCGGACCGCGCGAAGGACGGGAGCGACGCGCUCCGGGAGAUGCGGCGCGUCGCGGCCUGGACGGCGGCCUGGGCCGACGCCGUCGCGUCGCGGCCGUCGAAGGCGGCGUCGCGCGCGGCCCUCCCGGACCUCGUCGGGCCCGACGCCGCCGGCGAGAUCGCGGCCUACGGCCUCCUCGACGGGCCCGAC